AUGGGAGAUUUACAGCCAGCAUAUCAUCUAGCCGCAGCUAUCGCAGCAGACUCUAACAGCCCAAGAGUAGGGGCUGCCAUGCCGUCGAAUCAUCCAAAGAUGAACGCUACCUUAAAGCAGUUAGACAACAGCGACAAGGUGCAUGACUACCCAAAAGGUGAUGAAUCCGAUCAGGAUGACAGUGGCAAAAUAGCAGGCGGAGCGAUCAGAUUUUUGAGUCUGUCAUACCGGUCCCAAGUCAACGUCAAGCCGGAGACAUCUGAGAGUGUAGCGUGA